AUGCUGUCUAAAAUGAUUCUUGGUGUCUUCAUCUCCUUUUCCCUGUUUAACUCACUGGUUAUCUGCCAAGGUUCUGUGCAGAGACAAAAUCACGCAAGUUCCAAAACGUGCAUCAUCAAUAACAACUUUUAUGCUGGACCUAACAAGAAAAUCGAAAAUCUUCUCUUGGAUGUGAAAAAACAACUGAACGACAUUCGAAAGGAUCUCAACAUUUUGCCGCAGAAUGAGGGAGACGACACGCAAGUUUUGCCGGACAACAAGAAUUCUUCUGAGCCGUGUACGUUUGACCAACUUGCGGCGGGAGGAGGAGGAAAUACACCCACGGCCAAAAAUAAAGUUAUCAAGAAGAAUUGUGCCGAGCUGUAUAACAUUGGUCACAAAACCAGUGGCGUCUAUAAAAUCGACCCUGAUGGCACAGGUGCUUUUCUCGUGUAUUGUGACCAAAAGACAGCCGGUGGCGGUUGGACGGUGUUCCAAAAGAGGAUGGACGGCUCUGUUAAUUUCUACCUCGGUUGGGAGGACUACAAGAAUGGUUUUGGUAAUCUGAGUAGCGAGUUUUGGCUUGGAUUGGACAAAAUACAUCGCCUGACCCUCAGCGACUGGAACAAGGUUCGCGUUGAUCUGAGGGAUGAAGAUGGAACUAAAGUCCACGCCGAAUAUGAAUUGUUUGCAGUUGCAAGCGAGAAGAACAACUACAAGUUGAGCCUCGGAUCAUAUUCAGGGACGGCAGGCGACGCCCUAACCCAUCACAAUGGAAUGACCUUCACCACUAAAGAUAAGGAUAAUGACGCCCACAAGGAAAACUGUGCACUAAAGCUUAACGGAGCUUGGUGGUACAGAGGAUGUGCGUAUUCCAACCUGAAUGGUUUGCAUCAUAUUGGCGCACAUGCAUAUGUCACUGAUGGGAUUUUUUGGAGCACCUGGAAGGGAUACCAAAAUUCAGUUGCAAAAGCUGAGAUGAAAAUCAAACCAGUCAAGUUUUAAAAACCGAAAUAUAAUAG